UUCUGUUUCUACAGAGAGGCUGUUGUUCUCCUGGAAGGAAGGCGGAGUGUGAGGAUCUUGGCUUCUCCUCCUCCCUCUGGUAAAGUCAAAUACCCAUCGCACCGCUGAAGACUCCAGGAUCCCAGAGCCGGAAAACCUCAGAUUCCUCAGUGCUGGUCUUGUCGUCCUGUUUUUGGUAUCUGACGCCGGUCACGUGAUGCUGGCUGCGGUCCUGACUCUCGCAGCCGUAGUGGUGGGCAUUGUCCUCCUGGUUAUCUGGCGAGUGCGUACCAAUGGGGAAUGGGCUCUAUGGUGGCACGAUAACUACCUGGAAAGAAUACGAGAUUUUCUGUCUGGAACAACUAGGCCUGUACGGAUCCUGCAGUAUGUACAGCGCUGUGCCAAACAUGGGGACGCCCCCAGUGUCAUAUCUGCCAUAGAUUCCUUCUGCUCCAACGUGGAAUGGGCCAUGAAUAUUGGAGAUAAGAAAGGUGAGAUUCUGGAUGCGGUGGUAUUGGAGACUCGCCCCCGUUAUGUACUGGAGCUCGGCACAUACUGUGGAUAUUCAACAUUAAGGAUUGCCCGUCUUCUGCCCCCUGGCGCUCGACUUAUUACUAUAGAAAUGAACCCCCAUUAUGCCCAGGUGGCCAGAGAGCUGUUUCAGCUUGCAGGACUGGAUUCACAGGUGGAGCUGUUGGUUGGAUCCAGCUCGGCCCUGAUUCCGCAACUCAAAAAGAAACUGGACAUUGAGACAUUUGACCUCGUCUUUAUUGACCACUGGAAAGUCAGCUACCUCCCCGACACCAAACUGCUGGAGGAAUGCGGCUUGCUGAAGGCGGGCUCUGUUCUCUUGGCCGACAACGUCACCUGUCCCGGAGCUCCCGACUACCUGCAGUACGUGAGGAACAGCCCGCGCUACCGGAGCCAAUACUUCAAGUCCGUGCUGGAGUACCUGCAGGUGGAGGACGGUGUGGAGAAAUCGGUCUUCCUAGGAUGACGGACUUUCAGAAAAGAAAAAACAAAACGUGGCCAGGGAAGGUCGAUGGACUGGCAAUGAUAUAAGGGGCACCCGAAACCCGGGCAUGAGAAAUUUAAGGGGCUCACAUGGGUUACGGCACGCUGCUCUCGUCAGGUCCUUGGAGACAGACAUUUUUUUUUGCCUAAAAAAUACUAAAGUUUUCAUCUACAAUAUAAAAAAAAAAAAAA